AUGCUACGCUGGAUCCUAUACGCAUUCCUCCUCGCCAUAACAGCCCGCAAAGCAGCAGCAGCCCUCGCGGCCUACCGUUUCCGUAGGACCCAUGGCCUUCAUCUCGCACGCUCUGUCCCCCAGACAGAAAAGAUAAUCGGCCUGUCUCUGUUUCGGCGCAUGCAGCAGAGCUCGCAGGCCGGCGUCUCGCUGCAGCGCCACUACGAGGGCACCAGGGAGGAUGGCCCGACCAUCUCAGCUGUUGUGAUGGGCACGUCGUUCAUCUCGACUUCGGACCCGGACAAUAUCAAGGCUGUACUUGCGACGCAGUUUCGGGACUUUAAUCUGGGUGCAAGGAAUGAGGCCUUUGAGCCGUUUCUGGGACAUGGCAUUUUUACUGCGGAUGGGGUGGAUUGGGAGAGAUCGAGGAACCUCAUCCGUCCUAGUCUCAGCAAAGCCCAGAUAUCUGAGCUACCUAUCAUCGAGCAGCACGUCCAGAACCUCCUCAGCCGUAUCCCAGACGAUGGCUCGACCAUCGACCUGCAGCCGCUCUUCUUCAACUUCACCCUCGACAGCGCGACGCAUUCUCUCCUGGGCCAGCCCGUCGGAUUCCAACUCAGCCCGCCAGGCUCCGACGCUGAGAAGUUCUCUCGCGCCUUCGACGACGCCCAGGCCCACCUCCAGGUCCGUGCAAAGCUAGGCCCUUUCCUCCGAUUCGUCAAGAACAAGGCUUUUGAUGCAGACUGCCGUCUCGUGCAUUCCUCUGUUGAUGGAUACGUGACAGACGCCCUGCUCCAGCGACCAACAGCUGGAUCGGAAAAUGUAAAUGAAAAGGAGAGAAAGCGGUAUGACCUCCUUAGCGAACUCGUCAACACCAUCGCGGACGGCGUGCAGAUCCGCAACGAGCUGCUGAAUGUCCUCCUCGCCGCGAGAGACACCACCGCUAGUCUUCUAAGCCAUACCUUCUUCGAGCUCUCGCGCCAUCCAGCCGCCUGGACGAACCUCCACCGCGAGGUCGCGAGGCUGGAUGGCCAGCUCCCGACGUAUACUCAGCUCCGCGAGAUGAAGUAUGUCCGGGCUGUGCUGAACGAGGCACUCCGUCUAUACCCCCCCGUCCCGACAAACAUCCGCUGCGCAACACGACACACCUCCCUCCCCCGCGGCGGUGGCCCUGACGGGUCCCAGCCUGUGUUCGUUGCAAAGGGCUCGAUUGUGCAUUACUCGAUCUGGACGAUGCACCGGUCCGCAGCCAUCUAUGGGUCCGACGCGGAGCAGUUCCGGCCGGAGAGGUGGCUGGACGAGAAGACACCUCUGAGGCCGGGAUGGGGAUACCUGCCGUUCAGUGGGGGGCCGAGGAUCUGUCUUGGGCAGCAGAAGGCGCUGACGGAGGCGGCGUAUGUUGUUGUGAGGAUGGUGCAGAGGUUUGGGGGUGGGUUGGAGAGUAGGGAUGGCAGGCCUUGGAGAGAGCAUAUGGGGUUGGUUUUGAGUAGUUAUUAUGGUGUGCAGGUUGGUUUUAGAUUAUAG